AUGGCUCUUGUUCGAGACCCUUACUUUUGGAAACGAUUCUCAACCGCGGUGCACCUGCAAGAAGUGGAGUCGAGAAGCAAUAGCGAGUGCAUUUCACCUGUCAAAAUUUUGAUGAGUAGAAAAUCAGAUUCAUGGCUUGAGCGGGAACGCCGCAAGCGCAGGCGCACGUUAGUAUGGGGAUUCGUGAUCUUCUUCGGCGUGCUGUUAGUGGUCAUCGGUGGAAUAAUUGUUUGGUGGCUUGCGAGACAUCAUUGGAUGCAGCGAGUUGAGCCAUAA